UUCUCGUAAUAUUUUAAGCAGGUCUGAAGAAUGCAAAACAAUGCCUAGUAGGUUAUUGGGCAAUAGGUUUGAGAAGACACGUCAUUGGUCAUUUGAUGGUGGAAAACCAGACAACCAGUUGUUUUCUGAACAAGGAAAAUCCCCUUUAGAUACACUUCUGUAUGGAGACGUAGAUGAACAAUUUAAUCCAUUUACUAAGACAACUUUACAUCACAGAUCAAGCUUAGUAGCAACACCACUAUCUAUCUUCAGACAAAGUCCAACCUAUCAGCAUCAUCAUCGGAGUAACAUUAAUUCAGCCAAUAACCUUCAUGCUUCAGAUUUUUUUGAUCAACAGAAAAUUAAAAAGCUGGGAUUAAUGCAUGGUGCGCUAAGAAGUGGUCAAAUCAAAAAACCAAAUGGUAUUCAAGAUAUUCACUUACCUUUUCAAAAGACAUUUAAAAACAAGAGAUGGUGGGGUGGCAAAGUACCAGAUGGAAAACACCUCAUCAGAGCACAAAACAGUCAACUUAAACAGUAUUUCAAGGCACAACUCAACCAAGUGUGGGAGUGGAUGUUUGAAUGGGAAGACCAUGAACGAGGUGAUUUACUGGUGGAAGUCAUCAAACUUUGUGAUGAAGAAUUGAUUAAAUUCUUUGCACAAUGCCUUCUACAGAGGUUAAGAGAUCGUAACAGUAUAGACAGUGUUCCAGAUAAGAUAAUGCUAAAGGUCUUCACAUACUUAUCACCACCAGAAAUCAGCAUAGUUUCACAGGUAUGCCGCAGAUGGCGCUAUAUCACAGCACAAGAUGAGCUGUGGCUGGUAAAAUGUGAAGAAAUGGGUGCCAGAGAAGGUGUUGAGGAUGUUGCUAAAUUGGUGCAGGAAUUUAAAAGAGAUUAUUCUAUUGAUUGGAGAUUAGCUUAUCAGGAAUUGUUACAAGUAACAUAUCAUGCUAAACAUUCAUAUCGUUAUCUUGAUCAAAAUGGAGCUACCAAUCAAUAUGAUGACCAUGGAGCUGUAGCUGGCAUGCAAUAUAAUGACUAUGGACCAAAUAACCAUGGCUAUGGAGGAGAGCUGUCUGAAACAAGAAGACCAAAAAAACUGCUAGGUUUUCGACUAGAAGACGUAGCCUUGAAACCAGCAUCUUCUGCACUAUCAACUAUUUCCAGUGAUGAUAGUCAUACAAGUUCAGACAAGUCUGAGCAAACCAAGAAAAGCACCGAAGUGGUUGAUAUCCCUUUGCAGCAAGUUAUUCAUGUAUCAGCCAGCAUAAGCCGGGAAGCAUCAGAAGGACGUUAUGUGACAGACAUGCAAGCUUUACCACAGACAGCCAAUAAUGACUCAUCAGAUUCAGAGACCGAGAUUUUUAUGGAUGAAGACAGUCCUUUUCCUCAGCACCUUGCGAGUCAAGCUAGUCAUAGAACUUUAUAUAGUCGUAGAACCACCAUAUACUCUGAUAGGCGUACAAGUACCAGAGAGAGAAAAUCCAGAGCCUCCACUCACAGGAAAUCAUUACAAAGUCCCAAGUCACCUGAUAGAGUAGAAGAAAUACUACCAGACAUACCUUCAGAGGAGAAACUCAUAGAUAGCAAGCCAGCAACCAGACAGAAUAAACGAUUGCGCAGCAAAAUUAAAGAUGAAGACGAGGAAGAUAUGGCUCUAGAUAUACGACCAGAACUUUACCAAGCUGUUGAUUUGCUAGGCAAGUCCAUGUCUAAUCAACGAUUGGAAUGGAGAAAAGAAGAUGGCAGAACCAUCAAACAUACUAAAUUUGCUGGUUUGGUGAAGGGAGUGAAAAGAGUGAGGAAACUUCAAGGGCAUAUGGAUGCUGUUCAUUGCUUAGCAUUUGAUAAUAGACGUAUUAUUAGUGGGUCACUUGAUAGAACUAUCAGAGUAUGGGACAUCAGGAGUGGUCGUAGUAUAAGAAAGAUGUAUGGACAUAAGGGUGGUGUAUUGUGUAUUCAGUUUGAUACUGAAAGAAUAAUAUCUGGUUCCUGGGAUAUGACAAUCAUGGUGUGGGAUAUUAUUAAAUUUAAUAGAUUGGCUGUAUUAACUGGUCAUAAAGGAUCAGUUUCGGAUAUCAAGUUUAACAGCAAAAUCUUAGUCUCAGCAUCCCAUGAUACAACAGUUAGAGUAUGGUCCUUGGAAAAUUAUUCCUGUACAAACGUAUUAGAAGGUCACACCGAUGCUGUAACUUGCAUCUCAUUUGAUGGUACCAUUGUUGUCAGUGGAUCUACAGACAGAACAAUUCGAGUAACCAAUGUAUUUACUGGUGAGUGCUUGAUUACAUUAACAGGACAUAAACAGCCAAUCACUGCUCUUGAGGUACAAGGUGAUCUAGUUUUAAGUGGUACAUUCAAUGGUAAUGUAUUCUUCUGGAAUAUAGAGACUGGUGAAAAUGAAGCUGGAGUAAAAUUACAUGAAAGUAGUAUAAAUAAAAUACACUUUUUACCCAUGGGACCUUCUGGCACACGAUUCAUGACUGCCUCUCAUGACUCUAUAGUGAAGGAGUGGGAUUUGAAUACUAUGACUUGUGUGCGACAGCUACAUGGCCAUAAAGGACCUGUCAGAGAUGUUAAGAUAAGUGAAGACCAUCUUGUAAGUUGUAGCGAUGAUGGCAAUCUUCGAAUAUGGGAUUUAAUGACACCAUUACUGAAACCACCGGAUGAUUCCCAUGGCAAAACAAUACCGAUGCAUACGAUAAAGCAAGGAGAAAAUUAAAACAUCAUAUU